AUGUCCACGGUCGCCGCUCCGCCGAGUGGGAAAAAGCGAGAAAAGGCUCGUCGUGUGUUUGGAGACGCGGUGGUGGACGAUCACGACACCAGUCUCGCCUACUCCCCUUGCUCUUCGAGCAAGGUGUCGGGGUCGAGCUGGAACGACACGCUCUCGCUAGCGAAUGCACAGUCGAACAGUACCGCGGUUCAUCUCUUUACGGAAGAGUCUUUCCAAACGAGUGAUGCUUCCACCGCUGGUUCCUCGUCUGGUAGCAAGUCUCACAUUGGACCCUUUGAUCGAAUUAUUGCCACUAGCGCCACACCUGGCAAGGAAAACUCCUCCGGAAUCCCUGCACACGUUGUUAGCGGGCCUGUACUCCAACACUCGUCUCCUCCAAAGUCAACCAACCAUCACUUACAGGAAGAACUCAAACGGAUGCGUACGGAGAAUCGGUCACCGCUGCGUCGGGAUUUAGUCCGGAAAACACAGGACGCCAUCAACAAAGCUGCCGUAAGCGUCAAUCAAUCUAUCAACGCGGCGCGCCUUGCCAAACAGGAGAAUCUGCGACAAAAGUUCCAACAAACAACCCAGGUUCGUCAAGAGUGGGAGCAAGACCGCGCCGAAGCUGCCUCCUUUUAUCAACAAUCCGAGCACCAACGCCGUCAGAUUCUGUCCCUGGAACGCCAAUUGUCUUCCAAAAAUAGUCAAGAAAAAGCGCAACGAGAGAUGCUACUGCGUCAGUCAGCCCUGGAACAGACUGACCAGCAAGUCGAGUUCAAUUCCAGCGUCUACCGUGACCACCAACGUGCACUUCGAGACGAGCAAGAACGUCGGCGCCGACAAUCUUUGGCAGCCCGUGCACGCCUUCGAGCCAAUAAUCAUCAGGGCACCAAGCAACUCCACCUGCAGCGGAUUGAAGAAGAACAGAUUGUUUUUGAAGAGCGACAUCAAGCCAGUAUUGCGCAGCGCGAAUUCAACCGGAAUAACGCCGAACAGCGACGUAAGAGUUUUCAAUUUCGUAGCGGCGAUGCUCGUCGUAUUCGCGCAGUCCAUGCCCGACUCCAGAGUGAUGAAGCUGCACAACAUCACGCCUCGUACGAACUCAAGUGGCAAGCUGAAAAGGAUGUGGAAGCUUACCAACGAGAAAUGGCCCAGCAACGCCGUACAAGUUUGGCCGGUCGAAACGCUACAGCGAAACAAAUACGGGCACUGAUAUCGGACCAGAAAGCGGACGAAGCCGCAAAAGCCCACGAAAGUUUUGAACUCAAUCAAGCUGCAAACCGCGAUGCAGACGCGUACCAGCGGCAACUUAGCGAAGAGCGUAGGAACAGUUAUGCUUUUCGUGUCAAAGAGGGUACGCGGCAACGUCAAGAGUCAGCCGAAGCGGCUGCGAAAACUCAACAGGACGAGCACGAGUCGUACGAACUCAAGUGGGCGGGCGAAGACGAUGCGACAGCUUAUCAACGUCGUUUGCAACAAGCUCGCCGAGAAAGUCUGGCUCAACGGAACCGAACAGCGUGGAACAUAGCUCAACAAGAAGAACAGGUACACUCUGAGCAGCUUGCGGCAGCCCACGCCUCCUAUGAACUUAAAUGGGCCGGUGAAAAGGAUGCACUAGCGUACCAACGCCAGCUGGAAGAGGAGCGGCGGAACAGUCUGGCAGGUCGAAAAAAAUACGGCAAAGUACAACGCGAUUUGGUAGAACAGCAACGCAAUGACGAGUUGGCGUCGACGCAUAAAUCGUACGAGCUCAAAUGGGCAGGUGAGAAGGACGCGGAGGAAUACCAGCGAAGACUUGAAGCGGAACGCCGUGAAAGUUUGCAGAAACGCGGGCGGGCAACAGUGGAUCAGCGGGCAGUGUUGAGUGACAUCGCCUCGGAAGCCAUGCGUAAAGAACAUGCUUCGUACGAACUGAAAUGGGAAGGUGAGAAAGAUGCGGAAGCGUACCGAUUAGAAUUGAAUGCAGAGCAACGGGAAAGUACCAAAAGGCGCAAUGCUGAGCGUGUACAACAUGCCCAGGUCAUGGAGGAGCUCAGGACAAUAGCGCGAGAAAAAGAAACAGAAUCACUAGUGCUGAAGUGGGCGGCCGAAGAAGAUGCCAAAGUAUACUUAAAGCGACUGGAAGAGGAGCGUCGGCAAUCACUACGGCUGCGGGGACAAGAGGUAGUUCAUUCUCGUCAGGUGGACGAUGAUCAAAAGUCAGAAAGAAUUCAAAAAGCCCACGAGGACGAGUUGCUGAGAGCCGCGGACCAAACCGACGUCGAAAACUACCGUAAGCAGUGUGCAGAAAGAGACCGAGCAUCAUUUGAGUAUCGACGAAAGGAAUCAAGGAAACAGAGACUGGAAGAACAGGAGCGAACAGUACGACAACAGCUCGUUGAGGCAAGCAACUUUGAACUCGAGACUGAAGCUCGGUCAGAUGUGGAAGGGUAUUUGCUGGACUGCAAACAACGUCGUCGGCUUUCGCUUGCGUUUCGUGCAAGAGAAAAGAGACACCAUGCUCGAGUCCGUCAAGAGAGGGCUCAAGAGGAGAGGGAUGCCCGGAGCCGAGAUGUUCGAGACCGGUUGCGGGAUCAGAGAUACGUUGCACUUGCCCAACAGGAAGAGAGAGCCAAAAUCGCAAUGGAUGCUAUACAACAUUCGAACUGUUCUUUCAAUCCAUUUAAUUGUAUUCUAAAAUAG